UCGUGAGGAAUCUGCUUUGCUGGACAGGAUAACGGAUAAACCCUAAAAGCUCACCAUAACUCACCUAAACAACACAUACAUACAAUUCUUCCUUGUUGUUACCUUCUACAAAUGGACAAUCGAUUGCCUACAACUUCAGACAAAUUUCAUCUCGAUCCUCCUGAUAAUCGAUCGCCUCCAAAUCAAGUUAAAACUGAAUCAAGGCCUGGUACAGAACAGAAAGACAGAAAGCUUCAAAAGGCUGACCGUGAAAAACUAAGGAGAGAUCGUCUCAAUGACCAAUUUACCGAAUUGGGGAAAACACUCGAUCCCGAGAGACCUAAAUUUGACAAAGCAACAAUUCUUAGUGAUACAAUCCAGAUGCUAAAUGAUUUGACUGCUCAAGUCGACAAACUAAAAUCUGAAUACGCAGCACUCACUGAAGAAUCUCGUGAGUUGACGCAAGAGAAACAUGAUCUAAGAGAAGAAAAGGCGUCACUGAAAUCCGACAUCGAGACUCUUAACCUACAGUACCAGCAAAGGGUUAGGGCAAUGUACCCAUGGGGUCACAUGGAUCAAUCAGUUGUAAUGCACCCUCCUUCAUACCCCUACCCGGUCCCACUUCAAAUGCCAAUGCCACCUGGCACCAUUCCCAUGCAUCCAUCUGUACAACCGUAUCCCUUUUUCGGAACCCAAAAUCCCGGGGUUGUUUCCAACCCAUGCUCCACUUUUUUUCCGUCUGUUCAAUAUGUAUCUCCAGCUGUGCAGCCGAGCGGUAGGUCCCACGUUUCUAGCAGACAAGGUUCUAGAAACAAAUCGUCAGAGCAAGGGGAGAGUGGAAGUGGGAAAGAUGAGGAUUCUAAUGAUGUUGCAACCGAAUUAGAGCUUAAGACGCCCGGAUCUACUGGAGAUCAGGAUGGUUCACCGGCUCAAUCAAAUUCCAAGAAAUCAUCUCACAGGAAGGAAAAUAGCAUUUCAGAAGGGAGCAGGUGUUCAUCUUCUGGUACGGUUCAAGUCAGCUCAUCACAUAGUGUCAUUGGUGGUACCAAUAAUGAUAAUUAAGAUCAACCAUUACCACCAUAAAUCCUUAAUCAUAUUAUCACUCUGCAUAGAUUGCUAACUUACUCACAAAGAACGUUCAGGUACUACAAAAUUUGCUUUCAACCUUUUAAAACCGUUGUAUGUAAUGAUCGUUGUCUGUUAGUAGUUUUAAAAACUACAUUGAAAUCAAAUAGUGUACAAAUCAUCCUUUAACAGUCUUGAA